CUAGUAAACCUUAUUCAUGUUCUAUGUAUGUGUCUUAAUCAACAUGUAUCAUCACUCUUUUACUUGUUAUGAGAAAUCUUUCUGAAGAAGAGUGUAAAAGACAGUGGCCAGCUCUAAAGGAUGCCAUUAAGGGCACAGAUGUUGUGUUGACAUUGUUGACUGGUGCAUUUUCUUGCAAACUGGAGAGAACUUUAUUGGGUUUGGUUGUAAUUGAUGAAGCUGCUUAGACACUUAAGAUAGCAUGCUGGAUAGCUCUACUAAAGGUAAUGAUGUGCAGAAAAUAUAUGUAAAGCUCUUCCCCUCAUAAAGUGAUAUUAGUUGCACUGCCAUGCUUAUUCAUGUUUUGAAGGUGAAGUUGUAUCAUUGCAGGAGACCAUCUUCAGCUUCCCUAAGAGGAAAGGGUUGGGAAGAACUUGUAUGGAGAUGAAAUUAGAUCUAUGAUCAUUGUAAUCAACUUUAUUACAAUCAUUUACUGACGUAAGCUUAUAUGAAAACAAUAAUCCAAAUUAAUUUCUGUACAGCUCACAUAUUGUAGGAUGAAGGAUGCACUAUACAGUCAAGGGUGUGUUGCCGAUGUAGUUGCUGUUAUGUUUGGAGAAAGACCGUCCAUGGUCACCGGCUCCUUUAACUCCUAUCUUGAUUCCUCUCAGGUGUGUAAUUAUUUAGCAAUCUUGAUUUUGUCUAGUUCGGUUCUUUUGGCUUUGGUGUAAAUAACAACCUACGCUAUUU